AUGAUCAUGCAAAUGGUUUUUGGCGGCGAAUUCGACUACGAACAAGCGAAGGCCUACUGCGCCUCGAUGGAGGGUUUUUCGGUGAAAUUAGCGAUCGUCUACGUUGUGAGCAUUUUCUCUAUGAAAUUCUACAUGAAGGAUCGAAAAGCUUACGGCCUGCAACUGCCGCUCAACAUUUGGAAUGCUAUUCUGUCGGUGUUCUCUGGUCUUGGAUUUUUCUACACUUUUACGACAUUUCUUAACGUCGCUUAUAGCAAAGGAAUUUCACAGAUCCAUACGACUAUUUCGGAAGUGUACACGGACAAAACAUGUGGUUACUGGAUUUUUCUGUGGGUAUUGUCGAAAAUUCCCGAGCUUGUUGACACGUACUUCAUCGUCCUUCGAAAGCGACCGCUUAUGUUUAUGCACUGGUACCAUCAUGCCUUAACCGGCUACUAUGCGAUCGUCAACUAUUCAGAGGAAAACGCACACAUGUUCUGGCUGGUGUGGACGAACUAUGGUAUUCACGCUGCGAUGUACGGGUGA